UGCAGCUACAGACUAACACGGCUGCUACUCUGAAACCUGUCACUAUGCAAGACAGAGAAAUCUUUAUGCAUCAGGGCCUUGCUGUGUCCCUCCCCCUCUCCUUCUCUGAGUAGGUUUUACAUGUACAUUCUGGAGUCAUCACAGAGAGAAUAGGACACACAAACCCACAGCAAAACCCACACAGGCAGAGCUGAGAACUCUUCAGGAAGCUGACUUGAACUAAACCACUCGCUUAUUUUUCAUCACAUUACGUCUGGCUCUGCUGCCCCAUCACCAGAUGAACUAAACUCAGUCUCUUACACCGGGCUUAUUUGGAAGUGCUGUUUCCAUUAGUACAAGGCAUAGGAGUGGGGCUGUGACCAUCUGGAGGAGGCCGUCUUUUACACAAUUUGUCCUAAGGAAAAUAUUUUCAGAGUGGAAAGCAUAGAACAAAAAGGUGUUACAGCUGAGGAUGGGAAACAAAGGCUAUUUUAUCCAAUAUACAGUGUACCAGAACAAUUUUACAUGGCACAAUGGAUGAAGUUCACCCCUAUUCAGGAAGCUCGUUUUACUCAGUGAAGCAUUCAGCUGAUAGCAUCACCCAGUUGUGUGGGAGAGAAGGGGAUUUUGUACUCAAGUGAAACUCUCGGGUCUUGAGAAAUUAAAGAAUCUGGAUGAAUUCCUACUGAAUGGAGAUUAUUUCAAAAGGUCCCUGAGAACUCUCUUUUUCUCUACGGCUCCUGCUCUUGCUGAGCUGAAACGUUGUGUUUUGAGGUGGAAUUUGAGAAAAUGCUGGAUUCAAUCAAGUGCGUGCUGGUGGGAGAUACCGCUGUGGGGAAAACAUCACUCUUGGUACGUUUCACCUCUGAGACUUUUCCCGAUACCUACAAGCCCACAGUGUAUGAAAACACAGGGGUGGAUGUCUUCAUGGAUGGUGUCCAGAUUAGCCUAGGCCUUUGGGACACAGCAGGCAGUGAUGCCUUCAAAGGCAUCCGCCCCAUCUCAUACCAACAGGCUGACGUGGUGUUAAUGUGCUAUUCAGUGGCCAACCACAACUCCUUUUUAAACCUGAGGAAUAAAUGGAUUGGUGAGAUCAGAAGCCAUUUACCUCGAAUCCCCGUUUUAGUGGUGGCCACUCAAACUGACCAGCGGGAAACAGGACCCCAUCACUUGUCCUGCAUCAGCUCAGUUGAUGGGAAGCGAUUGGCCCGGGAGGUCCGAGCUAAAGGCUACUUGGAGUGCUCUGCUCUCAGCAACAGGGGAGUGCAGCAGGUGUUUGAGUAUGCAGUCCGGACUGCAGUCAAUCAAGCCCGAAAACAGACGAGAAGGCAACUCUUCUCCGUUAAUGAGUGCAGGAUCUUUUGAAGUCCCUUUAUUACUCUAUUAGCCGCAUUACUUCUUCCCCUGAACAGAAGUACAUCAGCAUAGAAAAUGGAAGGUGAGCCAAGGCAGGACCUCUGGUAGGAUCACCAUGCUAGUGUUCCUGAUGGGCCAGAUGUACUUGCUACCUGACUUGGCUUUUCCCUUUCCAUUAAUAAUGCCUUUGAACAUGAAAAGUGCAGCUAACUCUCCUUUCUCCACAAAACUGUAAAUGAGCUAAUUUACUCUAGGCUGCCUGGUCACAGAGGACUGGAGUGAGCCUGAACUGGAGACUUAUGGAUAAUAUCUGUGUUCUUUAAUUUUUCAUUUCUAUUGUUGGUUUAUUUGUCUGCACUUAUUUAAUGAUAGAAGGCCUCUGCUUUGCCUGAAAUUCCUGCUGACGUAACUUCCCAUGCUGAGUUUUUGACUCUAAGAACUUUGUAUAUAUAAUCUGAUCAUUGUAUAUUUAAUUUAAAAAGCCAGUUGUACAUUUUGUUUUAAACUCCUCUAAUAUAGUUUGUUUUCUCUAGCUAACCACAAAUGCAAACUGUCAUAUCUGUGAAACAGUCUCCUAGGACCAAACUCUUGCGGUUCUUAUUGACGUAAAGCCCCCAAUACAGUAUGUUAGCAAUGGGGGUGAGGGCUGGAAUACUGGGGAUCAUUAAUGGAACAGAAUCUUUCACCUUUGCUGGUUCAAAUCCAACUUACCCAGUCUGGAAGUGACCAAAAAUUAUUGAUAGUUGAUCUGUGUCUUACAUAAUAUUUAUUUUAUCGCCUCAGCCCAGUUCCCAGCAGACUGAUGACUAAAUCGGAAAACCUGCCAAACUUGGCAUUUGGUGACUGUCUCAGCAAAGAGGUCAAAGACUGAAUGGGCCAGAGGAGACUGACGUGCUCUCUCAUUCCUAGAGGUGCUGGCUCCCAGAUAGAACUUUUAGGCUCCCGGAUGGGACAGUGCAGGGAUGCUCACAUCAUCAGGCAAUGUGCUGCCCCUGAUCUGCUGGCAGAAGAUUUCAGUCUCCAGGGAUGACAGACAUUUUUCAUAAGCACUAAAAUUCUCACUCACAUUUUUUUAAUGAACAUUUUUCUGAACAGAGGUUUUGUUGAAACCAAUAAUCUCACAUAUUAAGGGUAAUCAAAUACAUGGUGACAUUGAAUUGAUAUAAAUUGAAUCCGCAACAAACAAUCUCUGGAACUGGGAAGCCAAGUGUAAUUACUUUGGAUUUCUGCAAGAUAUAAUUCAAUAUCCUUUACUUACCAGAGGAGACUAACAAUAUUUAGGAUCAAAUCCUUGGGGUUAGAUUAUGCCCCUGCAGAGAAAACCUGCAUAUGGGUUUGCAUGGGAUAAAUCUACUGGGGGCAAAGGUGGGCUUUGCCCCCCUUUCAGGAUGGCAGUCAUUCAACACACACAACCUGUGGAUUCUCUGAGAUAUGCACUGGUCUCACUGGGAAUCAGGGCCUUUUGUGCCGCCACACCCCUGUGACUCUUGCCCCAUACAGGGGUUCUGGAACAAUGUGUAUAGUGGGGGUGCUGAGAGCCAUUGAACCAAACUGUAAACCCUCUAUAUAGUGGAAACAACUUCGAGCCAGGGGGUGCAGCAGCACUCCCAACAGCCCUAGUUCCAGCACCUAUGACCCCAUGCAUAGGGCUUUCCCUGCCCACGGCAGCCUUCCAGGGGGUUCCACAGCGCAGUUGGGCACUGCACAAAACUUAACACAACCUUAGGUUGUGGGGGCUUUACAAAGGAUGCCCUGUGGUUGCCAGGAUAGAUGUGUGUGGGGAGAUAGAUUAGUCACGUACGCAGUGCACCCAGCCCUCUCCUUUCCACCUCUAGCUCAACCCAUCCCUUUCUGCUCUCUGUAGGGUCUGAGGAGAUGGUGCCACGGAAGGCAACACUUCCCCAUUCUGUAGGAGUAAGGAUCCUCUUUACACAUGGAUCCUGGGAGAAAGAUCUGUCUCUGUUCUCACUGAGUCCUUAUUUGGGCAAACUCCUGCUAGCAUUUGGAUGGGCGUGUGGGUGUAAUAACUUGUCUGAUUCAAAACUGAGUAAGAACCUCAGGACUUUGACUUACUGUUUUUAGACACCUCCAGUGCUGGGUGGGUCUGUCUUCCUUAGCAAGCAAAUUGUAGUUCAAAUAUAGCUAUGGUUCUCACCUGGGGAAUGAACUGGGUACCCUCAGGGUGCUGCUCCCAUGCUGGUAGGCUAUCAGAGUUUCUCUAAAGAGAACUUAGCAAAUUAAGUCCUGCUCUUCCCAGCAAUUGCAGACAUGAACUCGCAUGAGACAAAAUAAUGAUGGUUAUUGUUUAUAUGGUGCUCCGAAGCAUACUAGGUGCCCUCUAGAACAAUUUAAGACAUGACUCAGUGAGUGUGAGUAGCAAACAAUAGAGCAGGAAUUGAGGGUUGAAAGAGGAAGGGUUCCAUAAUGAGAUCCCAUGGUUACUUAGUUUUGGUAUCAGCCAAUUGCUUGUAUAUUACCUGCCUCUUGGAAUUGUAGCUAAGUAGGAGCAAUGGGCAGAGUCAUACACUGUGGUUUAAACACUGAGUUCAGUGGGACUAUUCCUAUGAAUAAAAUUACUAAUGUGAGCAAAUGUUUCCAGGGUAUGCCCUUGAACUGCAAGUGGGCACAAAGCACUUGAAGUGUUUAUUACACCAUUGAGUCCCAGGCUGAUAAACAUUUACGUCUACUGUAAACUUUCCAGUGUGCUCUCAAGGGAGACCCUUUCAUUACAAACAAGUACUGGGUUCAUACGGGUCAUUUAUACUUGUUUUAAAUCCUUUCAAACUCUUGCACCCAGGAUCACAGCAGAGGGGCUCCAGUCAGUUCUCAGCUUACCUGUAUUCCUCUCUUAAGUUCCGCCACCUCUGUCUGCAAAAUUUUAGGCACAAAGUGCAAGCCCAUUGCCUAGAGAAACACUAAAAACUAGCCUAUUAGUAAAUGAAUUUGAACUCAGUGGGACUCCUCACAUGAGUAACAUCAUUCAGAUGCACAGAUGUUUGCAGGAUGAGGUCCUCGAUGAAAACCCUUUAGCCUUGGCAACCACCAUGGUUUUUUUUUCCUUAUCAAAUCUUAUAUUCCUUCAUUACUGAAAACUGUGUUUUCUGUAAGCCUAACUAAAGAUUAACGAUUGUUAAUGUCAUGAACAUUAAAAAAUG